CCGUGUUGUUGUUUUUUGACCUUCAACACCGCCGCACAGUCGCGCACAGUAGUGUGCUCAGUGCUGUGUGAGAGGCAGUGACAUUUGACGUGGUAAAGACCAAUAACCUGAUUAGUUAUGACAGAAACAGACUUUGUGUUGGUCGAUGGUGGUUUUGAGACGCAGCUGAGGAAAUACGUGGGCUCUGGCUUUGAAGGUCACCCGCUGUGGAUCUGCCGCUACCUGGUAGAGAACCCUGAAUCAUGUCGUAAAGCGCACCAAGACUACAUCCAAUGUGGAUCGGAUAUGAUUCAGACGAACACGUACCAAGUUACUAUAGAUGGUUUCAAGAAACACCUUGGAUUCGAUCGAGAAAAGACCCUGGAAAUGAUCAAAUCAGCUGUUACAAUCUGCAAGGAAGCAAUAGAUAUCGAGAAAUUCAAAGGUCACAAAAGCUCUGUAUCAACCAUGGGGCUUGUUGGGCCAUAUGGCGCACACCUCAACAACGGCUGUGAAUAUGCAGGAGGUGUCUACGCUGACGAUAUGACCAUUACAGAGUUGGCAGACUGGCAUCGUCCCAAGAUUGAAGCUCUGAUAGAAGGAGGUUCUGACUGCUUGAUAAUUGCAACUAUCCCUUCUCUUAAAGAAGCAGAAGCAAUUAUUGAAGUAGUUAAGGAGCAUCCUGGAAUGAAAUUUAUUUUAUCAUUUUCUGCUCAGAACGAGAAAACUAUUUCCCACGGGGAGAAAAUGUCAGAGGUGGCUCAGCGGUGUUGGGAGUUGGCAGCUGAUCAGAUUCUCGCCAUCGGGGUCAACUGUCAGCAUCCACGGUUCUCGGUACCUCUGCUGCGCUCGAUCAAAGAGGCAAAUCCAAACAUCCCUCUGUUUGUGAAGGCAAACACGACUGAAAUAUUCAACACAACUACCAAAGAAUGGGAGUCAGCAGAUUCAGGAAGAAGCCUGCAAGAAUACUGCAGGGAUUGGUUGGAGCUGGGGGUAAAAUAUAUCGGAGGCUGCUGUAGAACUACAGUUGAUGACAUCAGCAGUUUUAGAGAGGAGAUCAGGAAAUUUAAAAUGAAAAAUGAUAACACUAAUGUUGUAAAGGAUUAAGUUAAAUACAAAUAACUUGUAGUUCUCACUUCUCAUGCUCAAUAGAAUUCGUAAAAAAAAAACAAUCCAUAUCAUUAUAUUUUUUAAUAUUAUUAUAAAAAAUGGACCAAAUAUAUUUUUAUUUUAAAAUUGAAA